GGGAGAGGAGUGGGUGUGCUUUCCAAGCCGGGCGCCUUCAUCAAAAAUAGACACGUCUUCUGUAAUUGGGUUCAGAGAAAAGACAGCCGUCUUCUUAGAAUGGAUCAGACUUGGACUCACUUCUAGCCUGGAUAAGGGCCACAGCUACACCUAGCAAAGUAUUACCUCUCACCCGCAAGGAAGAACUGAAAGAGUCUCUGUGAAGAGUUGAGAAAAAUAAACAGGUAUUCAGAGAAAAUGAGAUUAAAACCUACAGUGGGAGUUCCGGCUCAACCAGUCAGCAUUUUCUGAGUCACUGGACUGACGAGGCAAGGCAAGCUUAUAAAAUAGGUUGGCACUGCUGUUUGGAUCCAGGCCAUUCUGCUAAUGAGCAUCGCUGGGGUCCGCACUGGUGUGACACCAGAAGAAACAGCGAUCACAGCACACCCUCUUGAAACAAUUCCCUUCUGAAUUUCCUGCAGGACACAAAGCAGGCAGAGCUGGCACAGCUCUAUGUUGCAAAGCAGCCCACACCCCAGGACUUCGUUGUACGAAUAUGUCCAAGUGUGCCUCUGCAGGAAAAUGAAGAUGUGAUUUCACCAGAGCUAUAGCAGUGGGACUGCAGAAGCAGCUGUGGGUCAUGGCCUAUGGACUUGCACAGGAGGGCGAUGUGCAGGCUGCAAUUUGAAGAUCGGAAGAACAGAACUGUGACAGCAACAAGAGGGGGAUUUGCCAUCUUCAAACAGCGCUUUACAACCGCAACAGCCAAGAUGAGAAACUGAGGCACAAAUUGCUCCCAACACCCAGAUUUCCCAGAUUAUUUGGCUUGGAAAUAACAUUGAGGAUCAAUCACAGCCAUUUGGAGACAGACCCAGAAUGCACCACAGAAGUGCUGUGAAUCCUUCUUCAUUUCUUGGCUGAAGUGGCAACCAGAUCCUCAGCAUCCUCACCCAAGUUUGCGCCCUCAACACAGCGUGGCCCUCUGCCAGCUGGGUAGGCCAGCACUGUGCCUAUGGAGGUUGGGAGCUGUGGGAUGGGUUUGUGUGGGGAGGGUUUCCCUCUUUUAAUUGUUUAAUAUCCCAAAAGGAGCUUUUCCAGCCCACAGAUGAUAAUGACCUGGUGGAUCUUCAAAUUCACUGGACUUCAGGGAUCCAGCAAUGACUUCUGCCAGAAAAGGGGGGCUGGCGAAUGGAAUGACUGUGUAGGGUGAAUGCAGCACCACAUACAAGAAGCAGUACAAUCGCUGCCUACAUUUUGUGGGUCUGGCAUGCAGAAUGCAUUCAGUGCUGUAUCUCCAAUGAACCCACUUCAGUGUGAAGCUGUGAUAACGUGGGGAGAUCAGAAGAUCUCCUGAGGGUUGAUACGCACCAUGACAAGCUUUCAAAUGCCAGGUGAUGGUACUGAAAGGGACAUCCAGAGCUCCAUCACAACAGCAGUUCCUGCAUUUGAACCCGUUUGUGGAACUACCUCUUGGUUUAUUUUGAGCACAGUACAAAUUUACUAAAAUUAAACUUCUGAAAAUGUGAAGACAGAGAAGCAAGUUAAACCUCCUGGGUAAAUUUGCCACUCAGCACACUCUAGAUGAAAUCACCUUUAAUGGAAAUAAGACUAUUCUAAGAUUACCUGUAUUUCCUCGGGUUAGGGGUCCUCUUUCUUCCCCUGAUGCACUACACAGAUCCUAUUGGUACCACUGAGUCAUAAUGCGAGCAGCAGAGAUUGCAGCACCACUCACAACUCUUGCCCUCAGGUAGCCCAUGAACAUCGAUACCUUACAUCGUUGCAUCAGCACAGCAUGAAGCACCAGCAGGUAAGACGAGGAUAGAGCACUUGCUCAGAGGAUGGUUUUUCACUUGGCACUGCUGUGCCCGGGACCAGGCUCCAAAAGCAAGCACAAGGGAACUCGUUAAGUACAACAGGAUGCGAUUAGUCCCACAUGGGGAGCUCAUGUGUUAUAUCAAAAGAAACAACAACCAGCUGGUAGAACUACUUACAUCAAGGAAAGGAAUGGUGAGGAGGAGAGCUGAGGAGAGCAGUGACCACCAGGAGAGCGAGUACUGGGUAUGAGACAAGAAGCUUUUGGAUCUACGUGGGCAUGACUGCACCCCGGUCAAGGGGACAACGUGACACACAAAGGAGGUGACCCUGCAGCGUGACAGAUCUGAAUGCACGGAGUACAGAUGGAGCAUCUCCGAGGGAUGUGGUCUGAGGAAUCACAAGUGAAAUUGAUGAGAACUUGAUGCAACACCAAGCACUUUUAUCAGAAUUUCAAUGGAAAUUCCAAGCAAAGCAGGUUGGAUGACAAGCACAUGAACACCGACCUUGGGAAGAGCAACUGUGAGUGUGGGGAAGCUUUUAACACAGAAAAGAACUGUGGAAAAAUGAAGAUAGGUAGCAAAAACUGGAUUCAUGGUGGCCUUCCCAUUGAUAGGAAUUUCUCUGCAUGAGGAUGCCCUAGGAUGCAUGCUGGCAGCUCAGUGCAACACACGGCAGGGGUGUGCACCGCAGGACAUUUCCCCAUGCAAGUCUGUUCUGGAAGGGCAAUAUUUCACCUGAGAGAACAGGCUAAGAGAACAUGCACUUUGCAAGUGCAAAAAGAAGCGUAAGACCCUCUAAAUGUCUGGCCCCAGGCAAUCUGUUUCCUUUCACAGGACCGCUCUUGAAGCAGAUCUGCAAGGACUUAUCGCUUCCAUCUGCGCCACAGAGACAAGGGCACCGUUCUCACCCCAGUUCCACACAGACAUCCCAGAAUUGCCGACAGCCGCUGCGGCCCCAUAGCAAAAUAUUCCUGCAUGUCUCAGCAAGCUUUCCAAGCUGUGCACGCGGGGACGUGCAGCCACACACACGCCCUGUGCAGGUGGCUCCUGGGAACCCAACCGUGAGCUCUCCUUGUUGGGAAAUGGAGAACCUUCCUCCAUUUCAGCAGCUCCUCUACCAAAUUGCACCCCCCAAAAUACAGCUGGGAGAUACACGCAUAUUCAGUUCUGGGGCCUCCAACGCAAGAAGGUUAUGGAGCUGUUGGAGAGGGCUCAGAGGAGGGCCACAAAGAUGAUCAGAGAGCUGGAGCACCUUCCCUAUGGGGACAGGCUAAGAGAGCUGGGGCUCUUCAGCCUGGAGAAGAGAAGGCUCCAGGGGGACUUUAUAGCGGCCUUCCAGGACCUGAAGAGGGCCUACAGGAAAGAUGGGGAGGGACUUUUUAUAAGGGCAGGUAGUGACAGGAUGAGUGGAAACAGUUUUAAACUGGAAGUGGGUAGAUUGAGGCUGGAUAUCAGGAUGAAAUUCUUUACUGUGAGGGUGGUAAGACACAGGAACAGGUUGCCCAGUGAAGCUGUGGAUGACCCCUCCCCAGAGGUGUUCAAGCCCAGGUUGGAUGGGGCUGUGAGCAACCUAGUCUAGAGGGAGGUGUUCCUGCCUAUAGCAGGAGAGUUGAAACUAGAUGAUCUUAAAUGUCUCUUCCAACCCCAAACUGUUCUGUGAUUCUCUCCAGAUGCAUGUUGGUGGUAGGACAUAAGUGCUGCACAGCCCCUUCCAGGAGCACCUGGAGAUGCUUCCAGAAGACUCUGCCUGGACACAGUGUGCUGCUUGACCACAUCUGCCUGUUGUAAAGCGAAGUACCUAAAGCAAGCCAAAUUCAUGGAAGGCGAAGCACUUAUUUAGUGCAAUUUAGCAGUCACCUGUGCACCUGGGAAAUCUGCUUGGUGCUAAAGGUUUGCCUGAGCCCUGGUUCUGUGAGGAUAAAUGAGAACGUGUGUUGGGCAAGAGCAGCAGGAGGCAGCCAGAUCUGCACUGAGCUAACCUCAUCCCACCCAGUAUGCAAGAAAUGUAUCUGUGAAGAACUACUCGUACAACUGUGUUCAUCAGCAAAGGGGAGCCAGGUGCACGCUGCCUGCCGGUACCCCACGUCGCUCCCGCCUCACCCAAACGAAUGAUGCAGCACUUUAAUUAGGAGGGAGCGCCGCGUCCAUAUUGCACCGGCGAAGGAGAGCGGCGGAGCCUGGCAAACAUGGUGCCCGGCCGCGAGCGCGGAAGCUGCGCCCCUGUCCGCGGAGAGCGCGGCGGGGCGGCGGGAGGACCCCCGGGCGCUCCCCGCAGCCUCUGCAGCUCCGCCCGACAACUUCGCGAUGCCGAACCGCGGGUGCACUUUCUAACCGGGUCUCCUGCUUGGUGCUGGGGCACAGAACAGCCUACCCCGAGGCAGGCUGAGCGCUCCAUCCUGGCUGCCUCCGAGCUGUCACUUCCCCUUAGAUCUGCUGAUCGCAUGGGCAUGUGCUUUAGCAAGAUUAAUCAUCUCUAAACGCUCUAAUCAGCUAAAAUGACUAAUAUGUGUUUUGUAAACGUCAACAAAUGAUGAAACCUUCCUCGGCAGAGACGCUUCACAGAGGAAGGAUGUGGUGGAUAAUUCUUCUAAGCACAAUUGCUCUAGCAUGGACUACACCCAUUCCCUUGAUAGAGGACUCGGAGGAACUGGAUGAGCCUUGCUUUGAUCCAUGCUACUGUGAAGUGAAGGAGAGCCUUUUCCAUAUACAUUGCGACAACAAGGGAUUUAUAAAUAUUAGUCAGAUAACAGAGUCGUGGUCGAGACCUUUUAAACUUUAUCUGCAGAGGAAUUCCAUGAGGAAAUUGUACACCAACAGUUUUCUUCACUUAAACAACGCUGUGUCCAUUAACCUUGGGAACAAUGCACUGCAGGACAUUCAGACGGGGGCUUUUAAUGGGCUCCGGGUCCUGAAGAGGUUGUAUUUGCACGAGAACAAAUUGGACAUUUUCAGAAACGACACUUUCCUGGGUUUGGAAAGUCUGGAAUAUCUGCAGGCAGAUUACAAUGUCAUUAAGCGGAUUGAAAGCGGGGCGUUUCGAAACCUAAGUAAAUUGAGGGUCCUUAUCCUAAAUGACAAUCUCAUCCCCAUGCUUCCCACCAACCUAUUUAAGUCCGUGUCUUUAACCCACUUGGACUUGCGCGGGAACAGGUUGAAAGUGCUCUCGUACCGCGGGAUGUUGGACCACAUUGGCAGGAGCCUGAUGGAGAUUCAGCUGGAGGAGAACCCGUGGAACUGCACGUGUGAGAUCGUGCAGCUGAAGAGCUGGCUGGAGCGCAUCCCCUACACCGCCUUGGUGGGGGACAUCACCUGCGAGACCCCCUUCCACUUCCACGGCAAGGACCUGCGGGAAAUCAAGCGGAGCAAGCUGUGCCCCAUGCUGUCCGACUCCGAGGUGGAAGCCAGCCUGGGCAUCCCCCAGCUGUCCUCCAGCAAGGAGAAUGCGUGGCCCACCAAGCCCUCCUCCAUGCUGUCCUCCUUCCAUUUCACCGCUUCCUCGGUUGAGUACAAAACGUCCAACAAGCAGCCCAAGCCCACCAAGCAGCCCCGGGCGCCCCGGCCGCCCCCGACGCCCCGCGGGCUGUACCCUGGGCCCAACCAGCCGCCCGUGGCCGCCUACCAGACCCGGCCCCCCAUCCCCAUCAUCUGCCCCACAGGCUGCUCCUGCAGCCUGCACAUCAACGACCUGGGCCUGACGGUCAACUGCAAGGAGCGGGGCUUCCACAACAUCUCCGAGCUCCUGCCCAGGCCCCUGAACGCCAAGAAGCUGUACCUGAGCGGGAAUUUGAUACAGAAAAUCUACCGCUCCGAUUUCUGGAAUUUUUCCUCUUUGGAUCUCUUACAUCUGGGCAACAACCGCAUCUCCUACGUGCAGGACGGGGCUUUUAUCAACCUGCCCAAUCUCAAGAGCCUCUACCUGAACGGCAACGACAUCGAGCGGCUCACCCCAGGCAUGUUCCGGGGCCUGCAGAGCUUGCAUUACCUGUACUUCGAGUACAACCUGAUCAGGGAAAUCCAGCCGGCGGCCUUCAGCCUCAUGCCCAACUUGAAGCUGCUCUUCCUCAACGACAACCUGCUGCGCACUCUGCCCACCGACGCCUUCGCCGGCACCUCGCUGGCCCGGCUCAACCUCCGCAACAACCACUUCUUGGCGCUGCCGGUGGCCGGGGUGCUGGAGCACCUGCACGCCAUCGUGCAGAUCGACCUGAAGCUCAACCCCUGGGACUGCACCUGCGAGCUGGUGCCGCUCAAGCAGUGGCUGGAGGCCCUCAGCUCGGUCAGCGUGGUGGGCGAGGUGCUGUGCGCCAGUCCCGAGCGCUUGGCCCGCCGCGACCUCCGCGCCCUGGAGCUGGCCGCGCUCUGCCCCGCCGCCCUCCGCCCCGCCGCCGCCGCCGCCGCUUCGCCCCCCGCCGCCGCCGCCCCUCCGCCGCCCGCCGCCACCGGCGCCGCCGCCUACGAGCUGCCCCCGCCCGGCGCCGCCGUGCCGCUCUCCGUCCUCAUCCUCAGCCUCCUCGUCCUCUUCUUCUCCGCCGUGCUGGUGGCCGCCGGGCUCUUCGCCUUCGUGCUCCGCCGCCGCCGGCGGAAGCUGCCGUUCCGCGGCCCGCGGGCGGAGGCGGCCGACCUGGGCGGAGUGCCGCUGCGCUGCCCGCGGCUCUGCGAGGAGGGCGGCGGCGGUGGCGGCGGCGGCGGCGGCGGGGGCGGCGGAGGGGAGCGCUCCCCGGAGAAGGCGCCCCCGGCGGGCCACGUCUACGACUACAUCCCGCACCCGGUGACCCAGAUGUGCAACAACCCCAUCUACAAGCCGCGGGAGGAGGAGGAGGAGGCGGCGGGGGGAGGCGGCGGCGGCGGCGUGGAGGCGGCCGAGCUGCUGCGGGGCGGCGGCGAGCGCUUCUCCCACGCUGCCGCCGCCGGAGCCGCGCAGGAGCCGGGCACCAACUACCGCACUUUGCUGGAGAAGGAGCAGGAGUGGAGCCUGGCCGUGUCCAGCUCGCAGCUCAACACCAUCGUCGCCGUCCACCCCCAGCACCCCGCGGGCGGAGGGCUGGCGGUGGGCCCCGGAGCGCCCGGGGGGGCGGCGGCGGGGGGGUGCGGCGGCGGCGGCGGCGGCGGGGGGACCCCGCGGGACCGCGAGCGGCCGCCGUGCGCCGUGGGCUUCGUGGACUGCCUGUACGGCACCGUGCCCAAGCUGAAGGAACUGCACGUGCACCCCCCUGGCAUGCAAUACCCGGACCUGCAGCAGGACGCCAGGCUCAAGGAAACCCUUCUCUUCGCGGCCGGAAAGGGCUUCUCAGACCACCAAACCCCCACAAGCGAAUACCUCGAGUUAAGGGCCAAACUCCAAACCAAGCCGGAUUACCUCGAAGUCCUGGAGAAGACCACGUACCGGUUCUGAGCCGCCCCGCCGCCCGCCCGGCCCCGCCGCAUGCGAUCGAGGAUCCAGCUGUGCUCCCCCCGCCAGAUGUGCGGCGGGGGGGGGCCGUUCUCAGAUCAUUAAUCGACGAAGUGCCUUCGCAGACUUUUGCCAGCAGAUGUUAAUCAAUCAUUAUUUUUUUAUACUGAAACUGAGACUUUGACUGUGCCAUGUCUAAGGUAUAUUAUUAUUAUUAUUAUUAUUAUCGGGGAUCUUUGUAUUGAUCCUGAUUAAGUAAAUUCCAUGUGUGUCUCUCUUUUUUUUUUUUUUUCCAUUUUUUUCCCUUUUUCUUUUAAUUUUUCUUUGCAGUGAACUCCCUCUAUAUUUUCCCUCGGAGGGGAGGGGGUUGAGGGGGAGGGAAGAUGGCAUUUUGUGGCUCGCUUCCUUCUUGCCCAUCAUGGCACAGAUUCUGUACAUUUAUUCAAGCAAACAAACAAAAAUUGCAAAGAAGCAAACGAGCGCAGUUUGCUGCAUGCCUGGAAACUGCAAGAGGGAAGGGAGGGGAGGGUCUUGCUCGAAUGUCUCACUCGUGUCUCUCUCCCUCCCUCGCACGCACACACACACACACACACACACACACCCGCACCACCACCCCGCCGCCCCCUACGGAAUCCCCCCUCCCACCUCCCCCAGCGGUGCGGGGCCGCAACCUCGGGCUGUCCCCACGUGGCCCACCCACCCCUCGGGGAUGCGCGGUGACGCUUCGUCGUGACGCCAUGGUGUUUUUUUUUUGGAGGACAUCCGCACUUUCCUACUAAAAGCAACACGCAAAUAUAUAGAAAAAGGAGGAAAAAGAGAAAAAAAAAAAAAAAAGCUACUGGGCACCUGUCACUAACAGCUUUGUAGGAAGCACUUUUAAUGUUUUUCUCUCAUACACACAUCCCUGCACACGCACACACCGAGGUACAACGAUGUGCUCAUAUUUAUUCUGUAAUUUCAAGUGAAUAUAAAUUGUAAAGGUAAUGUUUAAUCAUUGUACAGUGAUGCGUCUGGUAUAGCUUUCCUAAUAAAACGUUUUGAAAAAAAAAAAAAAA